AUGUCUGCUAAGACACAUAUUUUCAUAACUGGUGCGACUGGUUACAUAGGCGGCACGAUAUUGCAGUGCCUCCUUCAGCAUCCCAGGACAGAUUCCUUCGACAUCACAGCCCUCGUCAGAGAUCCUAAGAAAAUCGAGUUGCUCAAAUCUUUUGGGGUCAGCCCCGUUAUAGGCUCUCAUUCAGAUCUGGAAACGCUUGAAAAUACAGCGGCACAAGCUGACGUUGUCAUUACCGCUGCGGAUUGCGAUGAUCUUCCUGCUGCGGAGGCCAUCCUGAGAGGUCAGAAGAAAACAUAUGAUAAGACAGGCAAGGCGCCGAUCCUCAUUCACACAGUAAGUGUCCUCCGUGACAAUGCAGGGGGAAUGUUUGCCACGGAUAACGUUUACUCUGACCUUGAUAUAAACCUCAUCGAGACAUUACCCCACUCUCAGCCGCAUCGACCGGUGGAUGUCAUUGUCUCUGAGGCUGGGAGAAAUGGAUAUGUGCGAACUCAUAUUGUUCUACCAUCCACGAUCUACGGAAUUGCCCGCGGACCCUUGUUCUACAGCGGCAUGUCGAAUCCUCAGUCUAUUCAGAUCCCUGCGCUUAUCCGUGCAGGUUGGGCCAGAGGACAGGGCGGUGUGAUCGGCCAAGGGAAGAAUAUCUGGCCCUGCAUACAUAUAGAUGAGCUUGGUGAUCUAUACACGGUGCUAUUCGACAGCGCCUUGUCAAACCCGGAGACACCCAAUGGUCGCGAAGGUUAUUAUUUCGGUGAAAGCGACCACUACCUCUUGUACGAUGUGGCCAAGGCAGUUUCAGCGGCGUUGGCGAAGCUAGGACGUGGCACGAGUGAACCAACCACAUUCACAGAUGAAGAGUUUCAGAAGUUCCGCUUAAGGAAUCUGGGAGGUAAUUCCCGCUGCAGGGCUGACCGGUCGAGGGCCAUCGGAUGGAAACCAACCAAAACCACCCAAGAUCUUCUGGAUAGCAUUAAACCGGAAAUACAGGCUUUGAUUGCAAACCGCAGGAUCGAGAACUGA